ACGACUUCAGUGAAUAUCUCAGCAGGCAUUUUAAUAAAUUGGUAUCUCAAAAUCCUUACCCUCAGACCUUGAGUGGAAAUAAUGGCACAAUGUGAGUGCCUAGCAUUUAAAAACUGAUGGAUUGAAUUUAGCAAGUUGAAUGUCUUGUGCAAAGGAUGAGUGCUUCACCGGCUGCAGGGCAGCUAUGAGUGGUCAUGCAUUCUGAGAUUUCUGUGGCAGACUGGCUAGAUACGGACCUAUAUGAGGAUUACAAAUCUCCUUUUAAUUUUGAUUCUGGAAUCAAUAGGAACUAUCUGUACCUGUUCCCCAGCAUGACUUUCUCUCCACCUGAUUCUCCAAUACUGAAGAAUUCAGGUUUGCUGAAAAAUGAAGCUAUUCCAGAAGUUGGAGAAGAUGCUGCAGCUACAGUGAAUGUUCCAGAAGCCUUAUCGGAAGAAGAACAGGAAGAGCUAAGAAGAGAGCUUUCUAAGGUAGAAGAAGAAAUCCAAACUUUGUCACAGGUGUUAGCUGCUAAAGAAAAACAUCUAGCUGAAAUUAAGAGGAAACUGGGAAUCAGUUCAUUGCAGGAGCUGAGGCAGAAUCUUUCCAAAGGGUGGCAAGAUGUAACAUCAACAAAUGCGUAUAAGAAGACAACAGAAACAUUGUCUCAGGCUGGCCAGAAAGCUUCUGCUGCUUUCUCAACGGUUGGCUCUGUAAUAACAAAGAAACUAGAAGAUGUGAAUAUACGUUGUCUACAGCAUUCAAUUAGCAUGCCUGCUAUGAGAAAUUCACCAACUUUCAAAUCAUUUGAAGAAAAAGUCGAAAACCUAAAGUAUAAGGUUGGUGGAAACAAAUCUGCUGGGGGAGACUUUGGAGACGUCUUGAACUCUGCUGCCAAUGCCACUUCCACAGAAGCUCCUGCGAAGCAGUUGGAAGAGGAGACCCAAUGAUGUCCCUGCCUCCUUGUGCUGCUCACUGCCAGAUGCUGCAGGCAAAUGCUGAAGCACAACACCUCUGCUGUUGACUCUUCCAAGAUGCCCUUCUAAUUAGCACUUAGCUUUAAGAGCUAUUUAAUAGAAACCAUUUCUGUAGAUUGGGAGCAUUUUUUUGAAUCCACUCUUGCCUAUGUUAUCUGUGGGAUGGGAAUUUGUAUGCAUUUUGAGUAUUUAUAAGAUUUACUUCUGGUCUGAAAGUAAUCACUAUGGUGUUGCAUUGCAAAAGUAUCAGUGGGAGAUUCAUCACUAUACAUGUUGGAUGCUGUGUUGAAUAGUAAUUGCUUUGUGUCAUGUCUUUCCUUAUUUGCUUCACUGCAAAAACUUGAAGGGGCUUCAUUGAGUGAUUAACAUAACAACUGUAGUUGAUGUUCUUGAAAGAAUGUUCACUGCAGAAUAUUAGUUGGCCUUGAUUAUGAGAAAUAUGAGCACACAUGUAUUGUUGUGGGUGGACACUGAAAUCUUUUGAUUUUUCUUUAAUAUUCAUUACUUACUGAAGUUCUCCAAAGAAUUUUCUUCUGACCGUUCCAACUAUGAAGAGAUGUAGUUUUCUCUUGAAUAUUGUAGUGGGUUUCUUUGUAUUGUGUAUUUGAUUUUGCAGGAAUAAAAUGUUCUCAUCAAGGUAUGAAGCAGAUAAUUAAUGUAAAAUAUAUAGGCUAAAAGUCUAAUAUUUCAAAUGGGAGUGUUUUAGAAGCAUCACAUGGAUAAAAAUAAUAAAUGGAUUAAAUCUUUCAAUCCCUCUUUGGAGAUGAAAAGGAAUAAUCAUGGACCAAGCUAUUUCUAUAACAUGCCCUCUUUAAAAUCAUUUGAAAUACAUGUUACUAGCAAUGCUGUUGCUUCUGUGCAGGACAGUAAGAUCCCUUUAAGAUGGAAACCCCACGCUGAAGCCUGGAAAUAGAUCAGCUUUCUGUUUCAGAAUGUUUUUUAAUUAAAACCUGCUGCUGAUCCUGUAAGAACACUUGAUUUUCUAGAAGUUGAAUGCAUUCUUCCUUUAUAUGCUAUGUGCCUGCAUUAAAUAUCUUUCUGGCACAUUGAAAUGUUAUACCUGGCAGACAGUUAUGCCAUUUUAGUCACUAAGAGUGAAUUAAUUAAUUAAAUUCUUGAAGGGUGUAUUGUGACUUAGGCUUUAUCUUUCUAACUGCACCAAAAUUACCACAAAUCAUGUCUGUAAAGAAAUGUAUGCUGUGUUUGACAGCUGUUUGUAGCAUUUCAGAUUUAGUCCCAAAUACUUGAUAACAUGUAAAAAAUAAAAUCAUGGUAUUCUGAAACAUAAAA